AUGCCUCCGACCCGGCGCAAGAGUGCCCAAAGCUCCGGCCAUGCCCAGCCUACCCUCUCUUUCCACUCCAAGCCUACCAAAGUUUUGAAACCAACAGGAUCGGCACCUUCAAACAAGAAGUCGUCCAAGGUUGGGUCAGCACUCAUUGAAGCUAUAACAGAAGAUGCGCCGACCUCGGAAGUCGCUCUAAGACAGCAGAUAAAGACAGAAGCAGCCAAACCAAAGGACGAGGCAGAUUUACGAGCUGAAAAGGUUACAGACGCACAAAUUAAAAAGUACUGGAGGAAAGAAGAAGAAGUACGGAAGGCGCCGAGAGUGCACCAGCAAGAUCUCACCAUUCAUGAGAAGAUCCUUCGGCAUUUCGACCUCUGCUCACAGUUCGGACCGUGCAUUGGUAUUGCUCGAGCGAAGAGGUGGAAGCGAGCAAACUCCUUAGGCCUUGAUCCUCCCAUUGAGGUUCUAGCCGUGUUGAUUAGAGAGAAAGAGAAAGCUAAGGGAAAAGAAUGGCUUGGCCAGCGGGCAUACUUGGAUGAACUGAUGGGUAGUCGUUAUAUUGUUGAUUGA